AUGGUGAUCUCUACUUCCCCGGUGUGGUCCGGGAUAACCCCCCCGGCCCACAGGGGGGGAGAACGGGGCCCUCUGCAGGCGAGCGAGAGGUCCCGCCGGACCAAGCGCGGGGGAUCGGCCGCUUCCCCCACCAGGGCCUCACGGCAGGCCGCAAUCCCGCCCGUCCAUCAGUCGGCGUCGCCGCAGGACGAGAGCCGACAGACGCACCGGGGGUUAUUGCUCAGGUCCCCUUGCCUUCUUAUUCCUGCUGAAGGUUUUUCAGGUGAGAUGGGGUUGUUUUGGGCAGAUUUUUGGGGAUUCCUCGGGGAGCCGAGGUGCCCCACGUCCAUCCAGCUCGGCGGUCAAGCCCCGCCCCCAGCCUUUUUAAAAUUAUAUGUUUUAGUAUUCCCCAUGUGCUUUUGUUUUUUUGAGUUUAUUUCAAAGGACACUAUAUUGUGAUCACUAUUUCCCAAGUGCUCACCUACUUGAAUGUUGGUCAAAAGAUCAACGUUGUUUGUUAAAACCAGGUCCAGACAAGCAUCCAUUCUAGUUGGUGCUUGCACAAGUUGUGACAUGAAGGUGUCAUUUAACAAGUUUAAAAACCUAAUUCCCUUUGCUGAGGCACUAGUCCCUCUGUCCCAAUUUAUAUCCGGGUAAUUAAAAUCUCCAAUAAUUAAAGUGUUACCCAGAUUUGCAGCUUUCUCAAUUUGCUCAAACAGCUGUUGUUCCUCGUCAAUAUUAACAUUAGGUGGUUUAUAACAUAUCCCAACCAAUAGUUGGUUUCCCUUCUUUCCCCCAAGCAGAUAUUUACCCAUAAAGCUUCCACAUUAUCCUCCUCGCAUUCCAUUUGCUUAACAUUUGGCUUUAAAUCAUGUUUGACAUACAAACAUACCCCACCACCCUUCUUGUUUUUCCUAUCCUUCCUAAAUAACGUGUACCCAUUUAAGUUAGCUGCCCAGUCAUGUGUCUCAUCCCACCAUGUUUCAGUUAUGCCUAUUAUAUCAUAUUGUUUAGUGUAUGCUAAUGCCUCUAGUUCCCCAUUUUGUUAUUUAGGCUCCUUGCAUUAGUAAGCAUACAUUUAAUAUUAUGCAUCACUUGUAUAUUUUGUGAAUUUUCAACAUUACACAGCUUCUCUGUUCUGAGCUUGCCCCUCCCCCCGUUUCCACCCCCUUAUACUGUGCUAAAGCCCAUCUCCUUUCUGUCCUAUCUCCAUUUUGUAGAUUGCUAUGACCCUCCCCCACUACUACUAGUUUAAAAUCUCCUCCAACCUUCUAGCCAUCCUAUCCCCCAGCACUGCAGACCCUCUCCCGUUUAGGUGCAAUCCAUCACCACUAUAAAGGUUGUAAAGGUUGCCACCACACACAGACGGAUCCUGGACAUGGGCUUCAGAUGUCGUAUUUCUCUUGUCAAGCCGCUCCUGAACAACAAACAACGUCAGAAGUGUCUUACCUGGGCUAAAGAAAAACAGACCUGGUCUGUUGCUCAGUGGUCCAAAGUCCUCUUUUCUGAUGAGAGCAACUUUUGCAUCUCAUUUGGAAACCAAGGACCCAGAGUCUGGAGGAAGAAUGGAGAGGCACACACUACAAGAUGCGUGAAGUCCAAUGUGAAGUUUCCACAGUUUGUGUUGAUUUGGGGAGCCAUGUCAUCUGCUGGUGUUGGUCCACUGUGCUUCAUUAAGUCCAGGGUCAACGCAGCCGUCUACAAGGAGAUUUUGGAGCACUUCAUGCUUCCUUCCACAGAAGAGCUUUAUGGGGAUGCUGACUACAUUUUCCAGCAGGACUUGGCACCUGCCCACACUGCCAAAAGCACCAAAGCCUGGUUCUAUGACCGUGGGAUUACUGUGCUUGAUUGGCCAGCAAACUCGUCUGACCUGAAUCUAUGGGGCAUUGCCAAGAGAAAGAUGAGAGAUAUGAGACUGAACAAUGCAGAAGAGCUGAAGGCAGCUAUUGAAGCAUCCUGGUCUUCCAUAACAUCUCAGCAGUGCCACAGGCUGAUAGCUUCCAUGCCACCCUGCAUUCAGGCAGUAAUUGCUGCAAAAGGGGCCCAAAUCAAGUACUGAGUCCAUAUGCAUGCUUAUACUUUUCAGAGGUCCGAUAUUGUUCUAUGUACACUACUUGAUUUAUUGACUGCAUGUAAUAUUCUAAUUUACUGAGAUUGUGGAUUUGGGGUUUUCAUGAGCUGUAAGCCAUAAUCAUCGCACUUAUGACAAAUCACAGGCAAAAACAAUCUAUAAGCAUAAAAACACAAAAUACCAGAAAAUGUGCUUUGUGACAAAGUAGCACUGACAAGAUAGUGGUGAAAAGUAGACACAUAGGAAUCUUUGGAGUUAGAAGAGUUCCAGAUUUCUUAAUGUAACACCUUUAUUGAGAAGGAGGGACAAACACAUAGUGCACCAAUAAUAUUCAAAAAGCAAAAUGUAUUAUGAUUGCACUCACAGAAUAAUGGUAAAAAUCCAGCAUGUCAAAGCACUCAAGUGGUCCUUGCCAGUGCCGCUUUCCUUGUUGUAAACACAGCCAGAUGAUUAACAAAAUAGUAAACCAAAUUUUUUUUUUACUAUUUGGUUUACUAUUUUGUUAACCCCUUAAGACCGCAGGGCGUUCUAUGGCGUCCUUAUUUAGAUGGCUCUAAACGCCGCAGGGCGACAUAGAACGCCCUGCGAUCUUUUGUACUUACGCGGUCGCCGGCGAUCCACGCCGGCGAUCCCACGCCGGCGAUCGUGGUAUGGGGAUUUACCUGGGAGCCCAGGGAGUCCCCCUCCGUCCUCUUCGGCCCCCAUGGGCCAUGUGAUCGCGAAGUCCUUGCGAGGACCCCACGAUCACAUGGACGGCAUUGCCAGCAGGGGGAGUGCCUGUAAUGACAGGUACUCCCCCUAAUGCCUGGAAAUAAAAUUAAAAGAUGUUAAAACAGUGUAAAAUUAAAUAAUAUAUACUUAGAUCAUAUAUAUACUUAUUAUAUAUAUGAUCUAAGUAUAUAUAUACACAUAUACACAUAUACACACAUACACAUAAAUACACAUACACUGUCUGCGUGUAGUUUAUUAAUAUAUACAUAAUUAUAUAUAUAUAUAUUAAUAUCAAAAUACACGUACAAUGAUAUUGAUUACAUAUAUAUAUAUAUAAUUUUCAUUAUAUAUAUUUAUAUAUAAUAAAAAAUAUAUAAAUACGUUAAAAAAUAAAAUAAAGAAAAUUAAAAAUAAAUAGAUAAAAAAUAUAUAUACAUGCGUAAUUUCGUUCUAACCAUUUUUUUAUAUUUUUUUUCAUAUUAAAUUAUGUUCCAUACCUAAAUAUUUGAUGUUAAACGAAAGCCCUGUUUCCCCUGAAUAAAAUGAUAUAUAAUAAGUGUGGGUGCAUUUAAUAUGAAAAAGGUGAAUUACGGUUGGACAGACUUAUAGCGCAAAUGCCAGGUUUUGUUUACGUUUUGAUCACAACUUGUACAUUUGGCUGCGGUCUUAAAGGACCACUAUAGUGCAAGGAAAACAUACUUGUUUUCCUGGCACUAUAGUGCCCUGAGGGUGCCCCCACCCUCAGGGAUUCCCUCCCGCCGGGCUCUAGGGAGAGGAAGGGGUUAAACUUACCUCUUUCUCCAGCGCCGGGCGGGGAGCUCUCCUCCUCCUCUUCGGCUGAAUGCGCAUGCGCGGCAGGAGCCGCGCGCGCAUUCAGCCAGUCUCUGAAACAGCUAUGUUUCUCUGAAACAGCUAUGUUUAUUUAAAAAAAAGGUUAACCCUAGCUGGACCUGGCACCCAGACCACUUCAUUAAGCUGAAGUGGUCUGGGUGCCUAUAGUGGUCCUUUAAAGGGUUAAUCAUCUGGCUGUGUUUACAACAAGGAAAGCGUCACUGACAAGGACCACUUAAGUCCUUUGACAUGCUGGAUUUUUAUCAUUAUUCUGUGAGUGCAAUCAUAAUAAAUUUUGCUUUUUGAAUAUUAUUGGUGCAAUAUGUGUUUGUCCCUCCUUCUCAUUUAAGGUGUUACAUGAAGAAAUCUGGAACUCUUCUAACUCCAAAGAUUCCUAUGUGUCUACUUUUCACCUAUCUUGUGAGUGCUAAUUUGUCACAAAGCGCAUUUUCUGGUGUUCCAAUAUACUACACCAUAUUUUUGGUCUUUUGUGUUUUUAUGCUUAUAGAUUGAUUUUGCCUGUACUUUUUCAAGAACAGAUUGGAGGGAUCUUCUUACAAUCUAGCAGAGGGUAAUUUUUAUUAUACAUAUAUUUACCCACUAGGGAGCACGUGUGUUAUAUUGCCUUUCCCCCCCUGUAUUUAUGACAAAUCACGGAUUGAACUAUCUUGCUUUGCAUGUAAUGCGUCUAUCUCAUAUAUUAGUUUCCCCUUUUACGUUGCAUUACUGAAAUAAAUGAACUUUUGCGCGAUAUUCAAAUUUUUCCAAGUAUCGCCUGUAUAUCUGAUAAGCCCUUCAAUCAUGGAUUGUAAAUAAUAAUAUUAAAACAUGGUUAGAGUUUCCCUUUUAAGACCUUGUCAUAUCUAAACAUUAUUUAUACAAUAUUUAUAUAAAUUAAUCUAAAAACACAAUAAAACUGGGCAAGAAUAAAGAAGGGGGAUUGGCACAAAAUAAAAAUCACUGUCCCUCUCCCAGAAGGCUAAUUAUAGCUCAUUACUCUCUAACUAUACACAGUAUCCAUCUUUAAUCACCCCCAGCCAGCCCCCAGCCAGCCCCUAGCCAGCCCCCAGCCUGCCCCUAUCCUGUUCCCUCUCUACAGUCAGUGUCUAGCAGACAGGACUCAUUAAAUGGACUAUAGCCCCGCCCCCUUCUCAUUCUCUUUCCGGGUUCUAUGGGCUUUCAGGAAAGUUGUCUUCGUAUCCAUGGCAACUGCCAACGGCAGCCUCGAGCAUGUGAUUGGCCAAUGUAGGAGACACCAAACUAUCCGGCGCUCCUAUUGGUCCGCAGCUGCUCCGGAUCCCGGAAUCAAAUCUAAACUACAGACGUGACGCUCAGCUGGAGCCGUGCAGGUAACAGUGUAUAAUAACAUGUAAACAUUCUAUUAUAUUAUACUCACUGUGUAUAAUAACAUGUAAACAUUCUAUUAUAUUAUACUCACUGUGUAUAAUAACAUGUAAACAUUCUAUUAUACUCACUGUGUGUAAUAACAUGCAAACAUUCUAUUAUAUUAUACUCACUGUGUAUAAUAACAUGCAAACAUUCUAUUAUAUUAUACUCACAGUGUAUAAUAACAUGUAAACAUUCUAUUAUAUUAUACUCACUGUGUAUAAUAACAUGUAAACAUUCUAUUAUAUUAUACUCACUGUGUAUAAUAACAUGCAAACAUUCUAUUAUAUUGUACUCACAGUGUAUAAUAACAUGCAAACAUUCUAUUAUAUUAUACUCACUGUGUAUAAUAACAUGUAAACAUUCUAUUAUAUUAUACUCACUGUGUAUAAUAACAUGCAAACAUUCUAUUAUAUUAUACUCACAGUGUAUAAUAACAUGUAAACAUUCUAUUAUAUUAUACUCACUGUGUAUAAUAACAUGUAAACAUUCUAUUAUACUCAGUGUAUAAUAACAUGUAAACAUUCUAUUAUACUCACAGUGUAUAAUAACAUGUAAACAUUCUAUUAUAUUAUACUCACAGUGUAUAAUAACAUGUAAACAUUCUAUUAUAUUAUACUCACUGUGUAUAAUAACAUGCAAACAUUCUAUUAUAUUAUACUCACUGUGUAUAAUAACAUGUAAACAUUCUAUUAUAUUAUACUCACUGUGUAUAAUAACAUGCAAACAUUCUAUUAUACUCACAGUGUAUAAUAACAUGUAAACAUUCUAUUAUAUUAUACUCACUGUGUAUAAUAACAUGCAAACAUUCUAUUAUACUCACAGUGUAUAAUAACAUGUAAACAUUCUAUUAUAUUAUACUCACUGUGUAUAAUAACAUGUAAACAUUCUAUUAUAUUAUACUCACUGUGUAUAAUAACAUGUAAACAUUCUAUUAUACUCACUGUGUAUAACAUGUAAACAUUCUAUUAUAUUAUACUCACUGUGUAUAAUAACAUGCAAACGUUCUAUUAUAUUAUACUCACUGUGUAUAAUAACAUGCAAACAUUCUAUUAUAUUAUACUCACAGUGUAUAAUAACAUGUAAACAUUCUAUUAUAUUAUACUCACUGUGUAUAAUAACAUGCAAACAUUCUAUUAUACUCACAGUGUAUAAUAACAUGCAAACAUUCUAUUAUAUUAUACUCACAGUGUAUAAUAACAUGUAAACAUUCUAUUAUAUUAUACUCACUGUGUAUAAUAACAUGUAAACAUUCUAUUAUACUCAGUGUAUAAUAACAUGUAAACAUUCUAUUAUACUCACAGUGUAUAAUAACAUGUAAACAUUCUAUUAUAUUAUACUCACAGUGUAUAAUAACAUGUAAACAUUCUAUUAUAUUAUACUCACUGUGUAUAAUAACAUGUAAACAUUCUAUUAUAUUAUACUCACUGUGUAUAAUAACAUGUAAACAUUCUAUUAUAUUGUACUCACUGUGUAUAAUAACAUGCAAACAUUCUAUUAUAUUGUACUCACAGUGUAUAAUAACAUGCAAACAUUCUAUUAUAUUAUACUCACUGUGUAUAAUAACAUGUAAACAUUCUAUUAUAUUAUACUCACUGUGUAUAAUAACAUGUAAACAUUCUAUUAUACUCACUGUGUAUAACAUGUAAACAUUCUAUUAUAUUAUACUCACUGUGUAUAAUAACAUGUGUGUAUAUAUAUUAUACCAUAAACAAUGUACUCACUGUGUACAAUAACGUGUGUGUAUAUAUAUUAUACCAUAUACAAUGUACUCACUGUGUACAAUAACAUGUAUAAUGUAUUUACUGCAAUACAAUAAGAACAUUGAGCGCAUUUACUUUAUACUAUGACAUGUACAAUUUGUAACUUUAUACAAUGCCAUGUUUGUAGUGUACUCACUCUAUACAAUUUAUAUACAAUUUAUUUACUGAAUGCUACAAAAUAUGUAGAAUUUAUAUACUGUAUGCAAUAUGACGUGCACACACUGUAUACAAUAAAAAGUACGGAGUGUACUCACGGUAUAUAAUAACAUGUAUGGAGAGUACGCGCUGUAUACAAUAAGUGUUGAAUACAUUUGCUGUAUAUAGUAAUAUGUAUGCAGCGUACUUCCAUUUUAUCUGUGAGAAGUCAUAUAUUAGAAUUGAAACCCAAAUGACAAAAUUUAGGUUAAAAAAGCCAAGGAGGGAUUAUAGAUAACUUAAAAUUUUUUCCAAAUCUGACUUCACCCGAAUGCUGUUAGUAGGAUUUAUUGAGCUGAAAUACUGAUGUUGGUAAAUGAACAACUGAAAUUGUGAACGGUCAGAGAUUUAAAAUAAAAAAAAAUAAAAAAAAUUCCAGGAGUUUAAUCUCUAAACACCAAAUUAUAGGAAAUCAUUUUACAAAGUUUAGGCAAGAAAUGGUUGAUUUAUAAACAUUCUCCAACCCUACCAUAAUCCCACCUUGGUUAUUUGUGCCUCAGUUUUCUAAUUUUGAAUUCCAUGCAAUACAAUUUGAUGUUUAGCUAAUAAACCAUAUCUUUCAGUAAAGCAUUAAAAGGACACUCUACACCAUAACACCUUCAGUAUUCCCCAGUGGGCGAUAACAAGUGUCCCAUGGCACCUUCCCAGGGGUAACUGUCAAAAAGUUUGACAUUUACCUGCUAGUGUUGGGCACCCAUGGACCUUCUGAUAUGCACAACCAAUCAGCACGCCACUAAAGCAGUGUGCUAAUGCAUAAGUAUGAGCAACUGAUUUAGCAUAGCCGUGUAGUAUUGAAGGACUGAGGGCACCCGACAGCCAGGUGGAUGCCAAACUGUUUGUAAAUGGUUCGGUUGCUUACCUAGAGUGUGCUCUUUAAGUAUCUACAACAUUAAAAAGAAAAAUAAAUCUAACUUUUGUGUUUUUAUAUAUUUUAGGAAUCUGAAGGAGAUGGAAAACUUGGGAGAGGAAGAUUUCAGUCUAUCAAUGUAAGUCUUUAAAUUGAACAGUGCUCCAAAUAUUCCAAGUCCUAGCAUUCAGUUUAAAUCUAAAAUCCACCUCAUUUAGUUACCACAUUCUAUUGGAAGGGAUACCUGGGUCCCUGAGGAGCAGUCUUCCCUUGCUUCUUGGUGAAGUUAUGGUACAGGACAUAGAUGUAUGUGACAGUGCUGCCUCUUGUAUUAUACCCAUUACACAGUACCACAAAGGAACCAGAGAGAGGGGUGUCUAGUCAUCCUACCACACACUGUAUCUGCAUCUGGAGGAAAAUGCCCUCUCAUGGCUGUAGAAAUCCAAGUCUACUGUUUUAGGGUCCAAUUUCCAUUUGCUCAUAAUGAUUAGAAAUUUGGAGCCCAGAGAUGAAUGUUUAUACAUUUUACAAACUAUUUAAAAUGCUUGUAAAGGGACUAAGUAUUAGUAAUAGGACAGCAUAAAUCAGGACACCCACCUCUGGUACUCCGUUCCAAGGUGUUCGCCAUCCUCACACAAAUCCAAUAACAGUAAAGGGAAACAGCACCAAUGAGACAGUGUAAAAUUCAAAACUUUAUUCUGGCAUAUUUUUCAAUAGAUUUCUGCUUUGAUUAUGUCAUGAUUAACCUCUUCUUUUCCAAGCACUUUGCCAAAAAAAACAAAAAACACGCUAUAGUCCGAAUAUUUAGGGUGUCCUGGAAAGUAAUGUUCAAAUUUUAUAUUUUUGUUUUAGUAUGCUUAGACAGUGCAUUUUUUCAUGGAAACGCAAACAAAAAUUGCUAAGCUGAAACACAGUGUUAUAAUAUUACAAUAUUGCCUAUACUGUAUCACCCUCAUUGUAGCCACAUUGCCUCUUAGGACACACAAUAAUACGUGCAAAACCAUAUACCUAUUGAUACAUGCACACAUAUACACACUCAUGUGCAAACAUAGAGAUACCAGAAAGACAAACACAGGAUACUCAGUGCCACACACGGAUCUACGUUUGCAGUAUUAUAUAUUAUACAUAUGCAUACCCACACAUGCACACUCACUACUCUUCCCUGCCAACCACCCUCCGAUUACCUUCUUUUCUGGCAGUGAGGGUGGCUGUUGUGUCCAGCUUUUUCAGCAGGCUUCCACAUUGUGAUUCAACGAGAGCAGUAGAGAAUGUGAUGUCAUGUCACAUCCUCUCGCCGCUCUCCGUGAAUACAGCUGCUGCAAAUUAUUUUACUUAUAUAAAAACAUUUGAAAAAUGGUUAUCACCUGCACUGGCCAGAUGUUGAUUACAUUACAUGAAGCUUCAGUGACAUAGCCGGUUAUCUGCCCAGUAGCAAAGCACUCCACGACAAGACGUUGUGUGCACAAUUAUAAUGUAUCUGUAGUAUCUUCUCGUGUGUUGGUAGGAGAACUUAUAGAUACAGUUAUUGGGUUAAAAUGGGUGCACUGUCAUGUUUUUUCAUCACAGACCACCUUUAAAAGAAAACUAUGUGGUAAAAAUGGCCACCAAAAAAGGUACCUACUUGUCUUGUGAGUUCCCCUUGGUGCUGUUGUUAGUUGUUUUGUCUACAAGCAAACCUGACACACACCCAGACAGCAGGUGUUUAAAGGAUAAGUAGUGUAACUCCCAGUUCCGUUCAUCAGAUUGGAUGAGCAGUUUUGAUGUGUAUACAGAUAGCAACCAUAUCAUGACUUCUAUCAGUUUACCCUGUAGCAUGGUUGCAUAGUUAUCUAGGCUGAAAAAAGACUUGCGUUCGUUAAGUUCAGCCCUAACAUAUCUGUAUCUGUUAAUCCAUUAUUAUUGCUGAAAACCCCAAUUUGAAGUGAUUUGAAGUGAUUUCCAAGUUUGCCACAACUUCAAGGGAAAAAAUCCAGUCCGAUUUCUCUUUGGAUCAACAAGAUGUUAACUAACCUAUUAACUAUUAUAUCUUUAAAUAUUUAGUUUUUCAAAAAAAAACAUCCAGACCAUUGAUUUAAAAAGUGUACAGAAUCUGACAAGCAAUCUGACAAGCAAGCUUUUCAUACACAGAAAUCCACAUCUUUAAAGUUUAGUGGCCCAGGUUGUACUAAGGUCCAUUGCUCAGCUGUCCUAGGUGAGAGAAAGCUCAGACCAAGUUGUACAUGCGGGGUGCAGACAGUGUAUGCUAAAUUAUGUUAAAAUAGAUGUAGAACUCUCAUUCGGAUCUGGCUGAUUGAAAGGAGUCAGAAGUGGCUUUAACCCAGUAAAAAAAGCAACUGUCUCGGAUCUGGCAGUGUUUCCUGAUUAAACGCUGCAUAGACAGUUAUUGCAUUAUCACCACUUAAACAAGCAGAAGUGCUUAUAAUUCUAAGAGUAUACCUUUUUAAGUACAUGGUUGAUAUCUGUCCAAAAUGGUUAUAUAAAUCUGCUUCACAAUUAUGAGUAUUAUAAGUCACGUUUUCACAAAUUAAAUACAUAAUACAGUAUUGUAUAGUACUGUGUAGUAAUAUAGGUAUUAUUCUAGCCUAGAAUAAUUAUUCUAUUUCUUUUAUUUCAGAUCUUCCCCUAAAGAUGCAGAAUUUGACUCUGUGGUUGGACAUUUGGAAGAGAUUAUAAUGGGUAAAUCUAAUUUAAAUUAACAUGUUUCUUUAGUGUGGCUACUUCCAGAAGUCGCAAUUAUGUGUUUGGAAUGUGGGUUUGUAUAGAAUGUAAUGAUUGGACUGGAAUCAGAAUUUGUAAUGAGAGUGCUGUCUUUAUCUAGAACUAUACAAACUGACAGGUAACCAAACAAAUCAGGAGCUCAGGAAGACCUCUAAUCAUAUCAAUAAAUAUUAUUCAGCAAUCCACCAAAAUAAAACUGGCAAUAUUUCUCACUGAUUGCUUAAUUUAUUUAUAAAAGUGCCUAUUUUUAAAAAGAGGUGCCAUUAAAAUGGAAUGAUCCUUACCUAUAGAGCACUUAAGCAAGCUGAAGUGCUUUAUGGGUGUGGAGUAGUGCGUUAGUGCUUCUCAUUGAGAAGCAUUCUGUUUGCCAAGAUCAGUAGUGCUGGUCUCCUGGCUAGCAGAGUGGAGCUGCAGCAGGUGCCUUCUCAUCAUUGGAUUAGGGUAAGGUAACUUUUUAUUUCAGGGGAAAAAAGAGAACCCAGUAAUCUAAACUGUGAAUACUGUCAAAUAUUGUGAUAAUGCUGGAGUGUUACUUUAAUAAUAUAUUAUAUAGCUUUGUAACGUUGGUGUUCUUUUAAGUGCUUGGUACUGGAGGAGUUAAAGGAACACUCUAAGCACCAUAACCACUGAAGCCUGCAGUAGUUAUUAUGGUGCUACUGGUAGGCUAUGAAAAAUGGAUGUCCUGGUGGUAAACUGCAUGAAAAUAGUAAGAGGACUUUAAUUGGCACUUUACAGAAGGAUAUCACAAAAGAAAACUAGCCACACCUCUUAACGCAUUUUGGACUAUUCAGUCCUUGAUCAUAAUAAUAUUGGCAUGGGAUAAUCUGCUGUGAUAUAUUUUUUAAGCAGUGGUGGGCUGCAAAAGAAGUUACUGGAAUGAGCUAAGCUAGUAUUGCACAACCUUGGCUCUUCAGCUCUUUCGUAGAGAAUUGCGGGAGUCAAAAGGCUGAAUUUAAAAAUAAAUAAAUAGAUUUUUUACUAAUAGCCCUGUAGAGAUAUAAUCUCUAGCUUCCUUUUGAAGCACUUGAUAAAACAGCUUGGAGCCCCAUCUGCAUAUUAGGAUGCCACACUGUCUUGAGUUCUGUGUGGCACAUGUACCCGGUCAGGUGACCUUUUAGAGGGGCAGUGAAUAGAUAUGCAGAUACCAUGGGGAUACAAUAUCACAAUGAUAUUUACCAAGAAAAGGACUUUGUAGGAAAUACCCAGUCUGCACUGCUUAUUUAUAGCUGGUACGGAGGGAGCUGGAUGGGGUGACGGAGUUGCAGGGAGUCCACAGGAGGAAAAGAUGGAGACCGAUAUGGAUGGGAGAUGGCUGAGUUGGUAUAAAGGAAUACAUGGGAGCUGGCAGGAAGCCAUGGUUGAGGGCUAACCAUUUCUCAUCCACCUAGAACCUCCACAUGUGUGCGGAUGCUUUCACAUAGUUUUGCUAGUGCCACGCAAUUCUAAUCCCUAAAAAAAUAUUCUGCCUGUUUUUUCCAAACCACUAGAACCCAUCAGUCUUUCCGUAAAUUGGCAACGUCGCUGUGCUAUGAAUAGACCCCUUUAAAUCCAAAUUACAGCUUUAGCCUUCAUUGGUCGUGCAAUCUCCUCUAUGUCUCGUUGAUUCUAUUGCAACUGAUCAUACAGUGCGCUCUUAGAUGUAAUGCUGUAAACAAUAGCCGGCCCAGAAACACAGCGUUUGUUUUUUCCCUUUCUUUUUGUUUUUUUGGCUCCUUCCAGCUGGUAAAUUUUGAUACUUAUCCCAAAUGUAACUGCACAUUGCGUUCACACACAUUCUUUCCGCGGUGACAGGUGUCUGGCACACAGCACGUCCUGGCUAAAUAAUUUCAGUAUUGUGGCAAGAUCCUUCUUUGUUCUUUUGCAGCUGGCAUGCUGUAAACUGCUUAUUAUUCUGCUUUAUUUCUAGUGUCAACGUAUUCCCUAGUCCUGCAAUAUUAAUUUACUGCUGAAAGAAAACACAUAUUUCCUUUAUUGUUUGAUACCGUGAUACAAUGGCACAAAAGCUAAGCAAACAAAAUGGAAUUUGUGAGAGUAUAUUUUCCAACACACCUGACAUGUUUCAGGGACAUAUUCUUAUUUUAAAAUCUUACCAGUUUCUUAUAAACCUAUUAUUUAGGCACUUUUUGCACAGUCACUAUUGUAAGACGUGCUGCAACUCUAAAUCCCUUCAUUCUCCUGUGCUUGUGGGGAGUCUUGCUUUCAAUAUAUAUAAUAUUUUUUAGGUUCUAUCAAAGUCUGAAAACAUUUACACCAGGGGUGCCCAAAAAGGAGAUCCCCAGAUGUUUAAAGGAUCACUAUAGGGUCAGGAACACAAACCUGUAUUCCUGACCCUAUAGUGCCAAGCUCACCAUUUAGGUGGCUAGUCCCCUCUUAGCCCCCCUAUAAAAGUUUAAAACUCACCUUAUUUCCAGUGCCGUGCGGCUCCGCCCCUUUGUGACAUCAUCAAAAUGGACGAUUUUUAGCCAGUCCAAUGCUUUCGGCUAAAAUUGGCACGGGGAAAUCAGUGCAUCUCUGUGAGGAAAAUUCAGCGUCUCCGUGCAGAGCGUAGGGACGCUGAAUGGCAGGGCUACUUACUGUGCAGCCCUGAGCCAGGAAGCCCCUCCAUUGGCCAUCUAAGUAGUGGCCACUUGGAGGUGACCCUAGGGGCUAUGUAAACACUGCCUUUUCUCUGAAAAGGCAGUGUUUGCAUGAAAAUGCCUGAAGGGAGCUAUUAUACUCACCAGAACAAAUACAUUAAGCCGUAGUUGUUCUGGUGACCAUAGUGUCCCUUUAAUAACUACAGCUUCCAUGAUGCUUUGCAAAGCAUCAUUGGAGUUGUAGUUCUGCAACAUUUGGGGAUCUACUUUUUUGGGCACCCAUGAUUUAGAUGUACAAUAAUCUUUUACACAGGUAACGAGCUGAGAUUAGGAGCACUGCCUUUAAGAGAGUGCUCCUAAUCUCAGCUCGUUACCUGUAUAAAAGAUAUAUAUGUCUAUCUCAUCAUAGUGUAACCCUAUACAGGUUACGAGUGUGCCCCUCCUAAAGGGAUGGUUAAUGGGGCCUAGAAAAUACAUGGUUCCGGGACUCGGUCCAUCCUGUGGGCCCAAGGAGGUUGCCUAGGGUCACCUUAUGGUUCAGCCUGCUUUAGGAUUUAGCCAAGAGUGGCUUUGGUAAUGGAGCCUGAUUUAACUUGUCAGUCAUAAAGAAACAGAGAUUAAAGCUGUUUCCAGGUGGCAUUACCCAUUGAUACACCUUUACAAAAAUCUAAAUAGAUGAUUUGUCCUGUAAGUUGGAUACUAUGUGAUACUCCAGCUUUCAUGUCAGUCUUCUCUUGGAUAAGUUCUGAAAUACUCCUUUACUACCCGCUGUUGUGAUAGUUACUACACUUGUCAGAUUUUGGCACUCCGUAAUGACCCAUCCCAAAACUAUUAUCCAACGUUUAGAUCUCUAUCUUUUUAGUACAGUAAUUCAAUGUUUCUUCUUAAGGUUGGUUCUAGAACUGUGGUUUAUAGCAAUGUACUUUGUUCUAUAUUUCUCCCACAUGGUAAUGGAUGUAGUACAGCCUUCCUACUUGCAUGUAUUUGAUGUUUUUAUGACUUAAAUAGUUUUCUUGAUACAUCAGUUUCUAUCACUGUUAAAGAAAUCCUAAUGUUUCUGUUUAGACGAUGAGUUCCAGCUGCUACAGAGAGGUUUUAUGGACAAGUAUUAUAAUGAAUUUGAAGAUACAGAAGAAAACAAGCUGACGUACACACCUAUUUUUAAUGAAUAUGUAAGUGGGCUUUUUAUUCAUAUUUAUUUUUAUAUCUGUAACAAUUAAAGAGGCACUCCAUACACCAUGAGACUUCAGUGAGAUGAAGUUGUUAUGAUGUCUGGAAGUCGUGGGAUUAAACUCUGAGGGCAUGCUGUCCUCUAGGCCUCUCAGCUGACACUGGUAGGCUAUUACUGGCCACUCGUUCACAGAAAUGCUUUAGAAAGGUACUCAAUGGAAGUAGCACAGCUAAUUCCAGAUUUUAUCUCCUAUAAAUAUGGACAUUCACAUGUAGUGCCAAAAAAACAAACCCUUUUUCCUGGCACUAUAGGGUUAUUAGGUCCCCCCCUCCCUCAGGGCCCCCUUCGCGUUCUGUAAUACAGAGCUUACCUUAAUCCAGCUCCUGGCUUCCUCGGCGCUGGUGACCUCACCGCCUCUUGUCGGCGUCAUCUCCGAAUGUGCAUGCGCGGCAAGAGAAGCAAGCGCAUUCAAACCGCCCAUAGGAAAGCAUUACUCAAUGCUUUCCUAUGGACGUCAGCGUCAUCUCAGUGUGAUUUUCACACUGAGAAUCGCGGAAGCGCCGCUAGUGGCUGUCAGGGAGACAGCCACUAGAAGCUGGAUUAACCCUCAAUGAAAACAUAGCAGUUUCUCUUAAACUUCUAUGUUUACAGCUGCAGGGUUAAAACUAGGGGGACCUGGCACCCAGACCACUUCAUUGAGCUGAAGUUUUCUGGGUGCCUAGAGUGGUCCUUUUAAGGACCAGGGCUCUUGGAGAUGUGACGCCUUUGUGUGUGACUACAGCUUUUACCACAAUUUCACCCUUUCUAUUUAAGCACACUCAUACAUAUUAUAGAUAAUUUCCAUACAUAUUAUAGAUCAUUUUUUAAAGGAGAAAUAUAGCUUUUGUUUGAUACCCUAAAUAAAAAAUUCUCCCCACAGCUUACCUUUAGUAAUUUCUACAUAAUAAGCGCAACAUAGAUUCUCUAAUUAUUCCUGAUUGAAAUUCUAGACCUAUUGGGCAUUUUAACAAUCUAGACAUAUUGGCCAUUUUUAUAAGUUAAAAACAUUUUUUUUUUAUAAGUUAUAAAACAAAUAUUGAAAGGAGUGAAUUAAAUAUUAAAGCUAAAGCGUGCAAAAUUUAGCAUGCUGAGAUUACAACUUUUACAGCAGUCACAAAAUCCAAAACCACUACACAAAAAUAAUUGGGGCCACUAAGAUACAAGCUCCCUGUUUAUAAAGGAACACGAUAGGGUACCCUCUCCCCUACCCCCUUACAGUAAAAACUUUUUUUCGCUUUCAGAAUUGAUGAUCUUAGCCAGUCCAAUGCUUUCCCAGAGGAACAUUGCACUGGCUAAUCAGCAUCUCCUCAUAGAGAUGCAUUUAAUCAAUGCAUCUCUAAAGGGAAAGUUCAGCGUCUCCAUGAAAAGCGGGGAGACACUGAACGUCAUUCACACUAUGCAGCACUGCCCCAGGAAGCACCUCUUGUAGCCUUCUGAAUAUCUGCCACUAGAGAUGUCCCUAGGCAGCAAUGUAAACACUGCCUUUUCUCUGAAAAGACAUUGAUUACAAGAAAAUGCCUGCAUGCACAUACUAUACUCACCAGAACAACUCCUUAAAGCUGUAGUUGUUCUGGUGACUAUAGCGUCCCUUUAAGUUGUGAAGCCUCAGAAUUGGUAUUUAAAUGGAUUUGAAGGGCUUGCACGUAGCUCAUUUGUCAGUCUGGGGCCCCAGCUGACAGUCAGUGAUACCUGGGGCUCCUUGAUUUAGCAGCGAUUUAUCCUGCUAGUAAUUGAAUGCACAAUGAUCUUUGUGUUAAAGCUCUGCACUGCAUGACAGCAUACAUCUUCAUGUGGUUGUCAAUGGGUUAAAAAACAAAACAAAAGUUUUAUUUGCAUAAAUGAUGAUAAAUAAGAUGGACUUCAAGUCUUCAUAAGUUCUCUUCAAUACGUGAAAAUCUUCAUGACUUGACAAAAAUGGAAAUAAAAAAACAACCUCCCAAAUCUGUGUGAUUGUGAAUAUAUCAUUUGUAUCGCUGCUAUUGUACGUGGCUAGUGUUUCUACUGAGUGUGACCUCUUCUGCCUUAACUUUUUUUUUUUUUUUAAUUUCCCCACAGCUUCUUUGUAUAAAGUGUACAGGAUACAUCUGUUAUUAUUGUUCCUUUUGCAGAGCUGCUUAUAUUUAUACAAUAAUACAAAGAGUUGGAUGUUUCACUUUUGUUUCUAUUCAUUUGUGAUGCUAACCAGUUUGUGUUUCUAGAUCUGUUUAGUGGAGAAGUUUAUCGAGGAACAGCUAUUGCUGCGGAUUCCCACAUUUAACAUGAAUGCAUUCACAGCAUCACUGCAGUAAGUCACUGAAGUAGUUGUAGUCAUUUUGUAGAAGCGUGCCUUAAGUGGGUACUCCAAGUUCGAACGGACCCCCUCACCCCCUUUUUUUUUUUUUUUUUUACUGAAUAUUUAAUUAACUAAUUACAUUAAAUUGUACAAAACCAACCAACCCAAAAGAUAGUCCAUUUCCAAGAUUUUUUUUUUUUUUAUGCAAAGUUCUACACAUUACAUCAUCAGACUAGAGCUUUGUGUACUCCAGGAAAUAACCUGUCCAAUUAGAAGCCUUUCACUCUAGUUUAUGAAGUCUGAAUUGUUGAACAUGCCUAACCUACAACUGCAAAGGUUAAAGGGACAAAGUAGGCACUAUAACCAUUUAAUUUACUUAAAAAGACACUAUAGGGGGGCGGGGCUUGAGCCUCAUAGCAACUGGUCUUGCUUCACAUGAACUCCGGGCUCAACUGCCGAUUUAAGCAGACUUUCACCAAACGACUAAAAAAAGAGACUCACCUGUCCUCGGACAAGUAGAGGUGGAAAUUUGGAGGCCGAAUUGGCACUAUCUUGUGCAGCUGCCGGAAAUCUUGGUGGGGCCUGGUAGAACUACUCGACAAGAGGGGCGACCGAUCUCUUGUCCUGUGAAACACAGCAUUCUCCCCCCCGAUUAGACUCCUGACCUCCACUGGCUAGUACCAUCCUGCUACACCACCUGAAGCAGAUCUCAAGCCGUUUGGUGACUCAGAGCGUGAAAACUCAACGGUCAAAGUGGCCGCCGAUGCCACUACCCCACAUAUGCACACCCGAGUGAAUAAACUCCUCAUGGCGUUUGACCGCAUAUGCCAGCUAUUCUGGGAGAAGCUACAUCGACUGAGACUUACCUCACCUCCCGCUGUUUCUGCCACUGCUCUCAGGAGCUGACCCGCCCAACGGGCCCUCAGGCCUAAACACCCCCAGUGGUUCCCUAAAAGGGACAGUGCAAAGGAAACUACGUGGUCCGAAGCUGCGAGGAACACCAACUCCACUUUGCACAGACCUCCAAAGUAGAGGUGUUGUGAUCUGCUACGCCUCCAACUUUGCCAACCUGGCAAGGAGACACACGCAUCAAGCUACCAGCUCUAAUGCCUGGUGGCUGCAUGAACAGCAGGGGAAGGCUCAUGGAGCGCCGACACUCCUAAAAGCUCGGGGCCAAAGGCACGAUCAGUGGCACCAUCAACUCACGAACAAGAAGCAGCAGGACAGUCACCUACACCUCACACAUCAAGCUCAAGAGAAAGUGGGAGCCUCAUCGAGAGAGGAAAGGAGCUCAUCCUUAUGACCUACUUGCGGCAUAGGGUGAAGUAAUCUGGUGACAUCUAAGCACUCCGAGUGCCCCCUGUUUGUACUCAGCACGGAGACCCAAUCUCCUGCAAUGUGUUCCAAGACUGACUGCUCCUUAUAUUAAUAUCUGAUGCCCAGUGGUAUUAUUACUCCUUCCUCUGUCAGUUAAACCUUGUUUCUCCAAAUUCUUAGUUUUUUUUCACUGACAUGCUCACCACCCUGCUUACACUACAUGUUGUUAUAUAUUUUUUCACCUUCACUGAGAUAUAGCCACCACUCGUUUUAAACUAUAGGCUAUUAAAGGACCACUAUAGUGCCAGGAAAACAUAUUCCCACCCUCAGGGUCCCCCUCCCGCCGGGCUCUGGAGAGAGGAAGGGGUUAAAAUCUUACCUUUCUCCAGCGCCGGGUGGGGAGCUUUCCUCCUACUCCUCUCCUCCUUCCUAGCGACGUCAUCGGCUGAAUGCGCAUAAGCGGCAGGAGCCGCGCGUGCAUUCAGCCAGUCUCAUAGGAAAGCAUUCAUAAUGCUUUCCUAUGGACGCUGGCAUCUUCUCGCUGUGAUUUUUCACAGUGAGAAGCACGCAAGCACCUCUAGCGGCUGUCAAUGAGACAGCCACUAGAGGCUUUAGAGGCUGGAUUAACCCUCAGUGUAAACAUAGCAGUUUCUCUGAAGAAAAAAAAAGGGUUAAUACUAUCUGGGCCUGGCACCCAGACCACUUCAUUAAGCUGAAGUGGUCUGGGUGCCUAUAGUGGUCCUUUAAGCAUGUAGCUAUAUGUCUCUGCUCUAGCUUGUUAAAUAACUAUGCAGCUUGUAAUACGCAUGUCUCAGUUAUGCCAUAUAACCCCACAUGUAGCAUUUAGAUGUGAAAGUUUAACUCUUGAUGCACGCUAUUACCUUAAAAAAUUGUGCCGAAAUAUCAAAUGUCACAUUUUGCAUUGUAUAUUGAAUUUCUAUAUAUAUUGUUACUGCUGUUGUGGCAUACUGAGGCUGUUUGUUAAUUUGUGCACAACAAAAAUAAAGAAUUAUAUAAAUAAAUAAAAAGACACUAUAAGCGCCCAGAUCAGUUCAUCUCAUUGAAGUGGUCUGGGUGCAGUGUCCCUGUCCCCUUACCCCUGCAAUCUAAAAAAAAAUAAUGCAGUUUUAGAGCAACUCCAAUGUUUAUAUUGCAGGGUUAAGAUUGCCUCUAGUGGCGCUUCCUGCUGUUUCACAGAUUUUAACGCUGUUAAACAAUGCUGGACGCUCUGCAUGAGGACUUUCAGCGUCUUCAAAUCCCCAUGUAGGAAAGCAUUAAUUCAAAGCUUUCCUAUGGAGAAGGCGUAACGUGCGCGCUGUGCUGGUCACAAAUGAGCAUUAGGUUCCCCCUUGGUGCUGACAUUGGAGGAGGCGGAGCCAGCGCCAAGGGACUUUAGCACUAGAGCAAGGUGAGUGUUUUAAAGGGUAUUAACCCUUUAAUUGCCAUGGAUGAGGGUGGCAGAGAGACACUAUAGUGUUCCUUUAAGUUAUUCAUAGUGUCUGGAGUGCUCUAGCAGCCCUCCCCAUUCAGUGUUUAACCAUUUCAAAUCAGUUUGACACAGAGUAAGCAUUCCUGGUCACUCACAGCCCAGCCCCUAAUGGAGGUAUAGCUAAGGCAGAGAUUACACUCUCUUCUAAUCAUACCAGUUUAUACCUGCAUAUAUGUGGAGAGAAAAAUAAAAACAGGACUCCAAUGGCACAGUAAAUCGGUGUAUAAAAUAAAUAUAACAUUUACUCCAUAUAUCCUUGAAGUGGGGAUUAUUCCACUUUACGCGAGCAAUAUCAGAGCUGAUCCAAGCUCUGAAAAGUGUGAGUAAGACUGAUUUUAUACUUUUAUAUUUAUUUUAUACACCGAUUUACUGUGCCAUUGGAGUCCUGUUUUUAUUUUUCUCUCCACAUAUGCUGAAUUCUCAACAUUUGAAGAUACGAUCCCACCUACACCCUAAAGAAUAUUCCUUUACAAGUGGGACCUACCCUCACGGACUGUGAUAAGCCUAUUUUAUUGGACUAUUGUUUUAUUACUUAUUUUAUUCUGUAUUUUAUCUGACUAAUUUAGUCUUUUUUUUUUUUUUUCAAGUUUUAGGCGCAUCUUUAUAUCUCUGUUUGUUCUUGCUAUCUGUUAUCAUUAGGGGAUUAUUGGGGACUCCCCUUUGAGGAUUGCUGCCUUUCUUAUAAUUUUAUUGUGACAAUUUAGCGCAGUUUUUUUCUCUUUUUCCAACUAUAACUACUUGUGUACGAUGAAGCAGUUACAGUGUCCAUAUAAAGUAAAGAGGGGUAGGGGUGCUGAUUAGCAUUACUAUGGCCCACUUCUGCCUAAAGUGGGGUUCUGGGACUUUCAGUUCUUUUUAUUAAAGCUUUUAGCUGAACAUCACCUCCCAGAAACAAACAUUUUCUGUGCUUCCUGAUAACAUGUAUAACUAACUGUGUUUACCAGUCACUGCAGGUUAGGAGAGAGAUGGAGAGAGAAAGAGAGAGACAGAAAGAGAGAAUUAUCGUACAACGGGAGAGACUAAAAAGAAGAGGUGUUAAGAUGCAGAAUGUUCAGAACGUUGCAGAACUUUCUUUUUUUUUUCUCAAAAUCUAAAAAAAUUGCCAUGCAAAAAAAUAUAGUUAAUUUCUUAAGCCAAAAGUUAUAAACACCUAUUGCAAUAGUUCAGUAGGUAGCAGCAGUGUCCUUUUUUUUACUCCCAAGUUUUGGAUAUUUAUAUUUACUUUGAACACCACCUUAAAGGACCACUAUAGGCACCAGACCACUUAAGCUCAAUGAAGUGGUCUGGGUGCCAGGUCCAUCAUAGAAACUGCUAUGUUUAAAUAGGGUUAAUCCAGUCUCUAGUGGCUGUCUUAUUGACAGCCGCUAGAGGCGCUUUUUUGUGUGAAAAUCACAGUGAGAAGACGCUGACGUCCAUAUAAAAACAUUGAGAAAUGCUUUCCUAUGGACUGAUUGAAUGCGCGCGCGGCUCUAGCCGCGCAUGCGCAUUCAGCACUGAAGUGGAAAGAGGGAGGAGAGUUCCCCAGCGCUGGAGAAAGUUAAGAGUUUAACCCCUUCCUCCCCCUUCAGCCCGGUGAGAGUGGGACCCUUAGGGUGGGGGGGACCUAAAGACCCUAUAGUGCCAGGAAAACGAGUUUGUUUUCCUGGCACUAUAGUGGUCCUUUAAGAGCAAUAUAUAAUAGUAUUUCUGUAUUCAGUGAUCAGCUGUAAAAGUCUUAUGAGUACGUUAAAUGAAUGUUCGUAUUGACAUUAAAUAAAGAUAGGGCAAAAGUUUUUUGUUGUUGUGUUGCAGAACUCAUGCUACCAAUAUUCUUUUUAUAGAUCACAUCAACAAGAAAUAGCGGGGGACAUCUUUGAUAUACUGCUCACCUUUACAGACUUCUUGGCCUUUAAAGAAAUGUUCCUGGACUAUAAAGCUGUAAGUUUUUAUUUUAUGCUGGCUUUAUAAAACAUUGAAAUUUCAUUCAAAGCACCAUAACUACAACAUGCCAUUGUUAUGGUGCUAGUAUGUGCAGUUUGACCAAAAUGAAGCAACCCUGAGGCCCCCACCUGCUGUAUUGCUGACGUUCCAAUUCCACAUUAGCAAUAUUUUUGUUUUUGUUUUUAUUGGGAGGGUAAUCAUAUGAAUUAAAAAACCACCAUGCUAGAAAGGGAAUGCAAAAUCACAAAUCUGCCUUCCUACAAAUAGAAUUAAGUCAUGAUUAGUUGUGAAUGUUGGUUUAGAUUCACCCUUGCCCUUAACCUACCUUGUGAUACUGUAAAUUAGGGUAAUGUCUGUGAUCAGGGGGUAGACGACCUUCAGCACUCCAGUUGUUUUGGAUUACAUCUCGCAUAAUGCUGGCAAAGUAACAAGAGGUGAAGUACAAAAUAUCUGGGGUGCCUGAGAUCCAGAGUGUGAAUCCCCCCCAUCUAUUAGCAUGCUCUAUAUUGAUGAUGAUUUUCUGUAUGUAGAUCUCUCAUUACCCUUAUUUACAAUGUAUCUAGAGACCAGUUUCAUAAUGAGGAGGAUAAAAGAUGAUUGCUGCAAUAAUUUUCCUUAUUAUAUAUUUUUGUAUGAUGAAAAGUAAUUGUGCCUUAUGUGAUUUUCUCCUUUUCCUUUCUUUUCUCCCCUACCAGGAGAAAGAAGGCAGGAGUAUUGACUUGAGCAGUGGCUUUGUAGUGACUCCAUUAUUCACCUCUUCUUUGCCACCGUCAUAA